AUGGAGGGCUUCUCAGCGCCGACCUACUGCAGGAGCGCGCCGGACCACAGGCCGCUGUUCCUGGAAACGUCAGCGCGGGACCGAAUCGUCAAUCUGGUUGUUGGCAGCUUCACGUGCUUAUUGAUUCUAGUAACGCUGAUAAGUGCUUUUGUGUUCCCUCACCUACCUCCCAAACCACUGAAUAUUUUUUUUGCUGUCUGCAUCUUUCUGAGCAGUGCUACAGCCUGCAUACUUACCUACUGGUAUCGACAAGAAGACUUAGAACCGAAAUUUAGAAGUCUAAUUUACUGUAUCUUAUUUUCAAUCACCAUGCUGUGUAUAUGUGCAAACCUGUACUUCCACGACGUGGGAAGGUGAGGCUGUCAAGAAGAGGCCCUGACCAGGGCGCUUGAGAACUACCUGUGAGGGCAGGAGACUGCGGGCCAG